CUCUCCAAAUCACAACACACUUCACUGCGUCUAACCUCACCAGUCUCACCCCUAUGAACGGUAGUUACCGCUUACUCUCUCACCACAUACAUAUCCCACCCCCCCUUCACUCAAAUAAUUACCCUCACACAAGUCCAAACACACUACACUCUCUCUCUCUUCCCCCUGGCCUCUCUCUCUCUUAACCGCAAUAUGGGUUCGGAAGAGUACCAGCCGCUUCUACUGAGGCUGGACUCUCACGGCCAGCUACCAGGCCUAUCGUCCGGUGCCGUGGAGGAGUUCUUGACGCACCGGCCGGUGGCCCUCCGGUGGUACCCCCGGCUCUUCGUGUGGGAGUCGAGGCUCCUCUGGAUCCUGUCGGGCUCGUCCAUCAUCGUCUCCAUUUUCAACUACAUGCUCAGUUUCGUCACCCUGAUGUUUACGGGGCAUCUGGGUACUUUGGAGCUCGCCGGAGCUUCGAUUGCUAGUGUCGGUAUUCAAGGGCUUGCUUAUGGAAUCAUGCUGGGCAUGGCUAGUGCUGUCCAAACGGUUUGCGGCCAAGCAUACGGAGCAAGAAAGUACAGCGCGUUGGGAGUCAUCCUCCAGAGAGCUGUAAUCUUGCACCUCGGAGCAGCGAUCCUCCUCUCCUUCCUCUACUGGUUCUCCGGCCCUGUCCUGAAAGCCAUCGGUCAAACCGACAGCAUAGCCGAUGAGGGCGAAAUCUUCGCUCGCGGCAUCAUCCCUCAACUCUACGCGUUCGCGAUAAGUUGCCCUAUGCAGAGGUUCCUUCAGGCUCAGAACAUUGUCAACCCCCUGGCUUAUAUAGCCGUCGGGGUGUUUCUGCUGCACAUUCUAUUGACUUGGCUGGUUGUUUAUGUUCUGGAUUAUGGCCUCAUUGGAGCUGCCCUCACUUUGAGCCUCUCUUGGUGGUUUCUUGUCAUUCUACAAGCAAUCUACAUAUUUUUCAGCCCUCUUUGUAAAGAAACUUGGACUGGUUUCUCUUUGAGAGCAUGGAGGGGGAUUUGGCCUUAUUUCAAGCUCACUGUUGCUUCUGCUAUUAUGUUAUGUUUGGAGAUAUGGUACUUUCAAGGACUGGUGCUUAUAUCAGGCCUGCUCAGCAAUCCGACAAUCUCGCUAGAUUCUAUCUCUAUAAGUAUGAAUUACUUGAACUGGGACAUGCAGUUCAUGUUGGGUCUUGCUGCAGCAGCCAGUGUUCGAGUGAGUAAUGAACUCGGGGCAGGUCACCCGAUGGUAGCUAAGUUUUCGGUAGUGGUAGUGACCGCCACCAGUGUUAUCAUCAGCAUAAUAUUUAGCGCGAUCGUUCUCAUAUUCAAGGUUGAGUUAAGCAAACUAUUUACAACCGACUCUGAAGUCAUCGCGGCCGUGUCGAACUUGACUCCAUUGCUCGCCAUCUCUGUUUUCCUCAACGGCAUUCAACCCAUACUGUCAGGUGUGGCCAUUGGGAGCGGAUGGCAAGCUGUAGUAGCUUAUAUCAAUUUAGCCACUUAUUACGUCAUUGGUCUCCCCAUUGGAUGUGUUCUUGGCUUCAAAACUAGCUUAGCAGCAGCGGGGAUCUGGUGGGGGAUGAUAGUUGGAGUUGUACUGCAAACAAUAACUCUGCUGAUUAUAACAGCCAGAACAAAUUGGGAUUCUGAGGUGGUGAAAGCUGCCGACAGAUUGAAGCAAUCUGCAAACGAAGAGGCGUUACAACUACUGGCCGACGUUUGAUUUUGAAAUUUUGAAUUCAUUUGAUUAGGACAAGUACUAGAGUUUGCUUCGGCAGAGCCUCCUGAGUGGAGAAGUCACCUUCUGUUUUUUGGCCUAUUGAAUUGCCAGUGACCAAAGAGUUCAAAUGUGGGAUUUUGUUGGUAUCUUCAAUGUCUUCUUGGUGGUUAUUUUAUUUUCAUGAAUGUAAAAUAUAAUGUAGCUGAAGUUGAGAAUCAAUAUGGGUAUUACGCAGCCAAA